AUGCCUAAAGAUCGAAUCACUUCUGACAGGGCGUCUAUUUCCGAAUGCCCGUUAGUUGAUUAUGAAAAACGGCGCGUAUCCUGGAAUAGGAGCUCUAUUAAUACUCCGAUGUGGUGGACAAUCACAGGAAACUUUGGUAACAUUCUUCCUAUCGAUUGGUCAAAAUCAUAUGCCCGAAAAUUACACAUGCCAGCAUUAAAUUUAAAUGAAAAUAAGGAGAAGAUUGAGGCAGACGAAAGUGAACUGAGCAGUGAAGAUGAAGCUGUUGCAUCGGACUUGGACAUGCAUUCUUUGAUACUCUCUGGAUUUUGUCAAGAAACUGAACCUCUUAAAACUGCUGAAGAAGUCAUCAGAGAAAUUGAUGAUAUAAUGGAGGUGAGUUAG